AUGGCUCCCAAAGGUGGAAACGCAAAGAAAGAGAGUGGUCGAACUAAAAAGGCUGAGAACGAGGCGAAGAAGCAGGACGCUGCUGUUGCCGAGAAGGGAAAAAAGGAGGCAGAAAAAUGGGAAGACGGAGCCAAGACAAACAAAGCCAAGGAGGAAAAGGAAGCAAAGCGUCUCGCCGAGCUCGCCCGCAAAGCCGAGAAUGCGCGGCUACUUGCAGAGGAGGAAGCUACGCCUGCGAAAGCCAAGCCGACACCCAAAGCUGCUGGCAAGAAGAAAGAUUCUAAACCAGCUGGUCCCGGUGCGAUUGCAGCUGGAGGCGACCCGAGUGCUGCAGCAGCCGAGACGGAGACAAAUCCCAAGGAUGAACCGCCUAAGGAGAUCGAAAGCUAUGCUGCAACCGGCAUCGAUAAUGCACUGGAUCUGCUAGAAGUAGUAACCGCGAAGAUGGACAAGGCCAGUGUAGGGCAGCAAGCUGCAGGUCUCGAAAGGCACCCAGAGCGACGAUUCAAGGCUGCGUUUGAAGCCUACAAGGAUCGCGAGCUGCCAAUUCUCAAAGAGGAGCAUCCAGGGCUACGCCUGCAGCAAUAUCAGGAUCUGCUACACAAGCAGUUCCAGAAAUCGCCGGAUAACCCCUUUAAUCAGGUCACUAUCGCUUACGACGCCACGAAGGAUGAGAAAGUGCAGACACUCAAAGAGAAACAAGAUGCUGUGCAGAAACGAUUGCGCGCAUAA